CGGCCGUUCUCAAACCAGUCUGUCACUGGACACCGUCUUCAUCGCAUCCAGUCGUUGCACUCUCGCACAUAUACGACUUCCGCCAUAUUUGAUUUCAAACUCGACCGUGUUCCACUAAAAUGUAUCAAAAUGGUGAUUCUUAAACUCGAAAACUGCCGUCGUGAUACUAAAGUGACAGAAUGUGUGAUAUUUAUUGAACGUAAUCACCCUAAAAGGUUUUUCAAGUACAGUUGACCAAGAGUUCGCCCGUUAGGGUUCUGGCACAGACACGUGAUAGUGUGCGAUAGAAUUUUCAAAUUAGGAACUCAUUGACGUUUUUGAUUUUUUAAAUUUGUGAUCAUGGAGCAGCCAAAGUAUACGCGCAUACAGUCCUAUGGGAGUAUGUGUUCAGCUCGGAGUGACGAUGACAUGACGGUGCAUAGCCAGUUGUAUCCUUACCCGAAGAAGAUGGUGGUACAGCAGGAGAUUUUAUAUGAAGAAGACCACCCUCCAUUCCAGCCGCUUUUCGCUACCACUAGGAUCUUCGGGAAGUCAAGAUUUACAUGUCUGCUUCUGAUUUACGUUAUAUUCUAUGUCGUGUAUCUGAUAUCUGGUGCUUUGGUGUUUUCGGCUCUGGAGGCUCCCUUGGAGAAUCAGAUCAGGCUGGACGUGAUCAGGGCCAAGCAGGAGUUUAUGCUGAAGCAUCCCGGUGUUACAGAUGAUGACCUGGAGCUGCUUCUGAACGAGGUGGUGCGAGCCAGUAACCGCGGGGUGUCGGCCUCCAGGAACGUGAGCGGGGGCCCCAACUGGAGCUUCGGACAGUCGCUGUUCUUCUCCUCUACUGUGGUCACCACUAUCGGCUACGGCCACGUGACGCCCCUCUCCAAGCCCGGGAAACUGUUCUGCAUGAUGUACGCUCUCCUCGGGAUCCCUCUGACACUGGUGCUACUGACGGCUUUAGUGGAACGUCUGCUUCAACCGGCCACAGCCAUGCUCAGAGCCUUGAACGCCUCGCUAGGACAUCUGUACCGACCCUUCACCAUCAGACUUGUCCAUUUGAUGAUCAUUGUGACAUCCCUAGUGGUGUCCUUCCUGGUGAUCCCGGCGACCAUCUUCGCAGCGCUGGAACCGGACUGGGACUUCCUGGACUCGUUCUACUACUGCUUCAUCUCGCUGACCACCAUCGGACUGGGCGACUACAUCCCGGGAGAUUCUCCGGGGCAGGAGUACAGGCCGUUGUAUAAAGUGGCUACCACUUUCUACCUUCUGAUCGGAUUGACCUUCCUAAUGCUGACCCUCACCGUGUUCUACGACAUCCCGCAACUCAACCUCAGCACUGUCUUCUCAUCAGUGAAACUUGACGAGGAUCCAGAAAAGAUGCGUCUAAGUGGCUCAGGGGUUAUGGGCCCUGGUUAUGGCAUAGGGGGCUUGGUGAUGCGGGAUGAUUACAAUCAUCAUGAUCAGCGCCGUUCAGUUGUCCACAUCAGGCCACAUCUCGACGAUAGUCCAAGUCCCGAAGACACCACGCCAGUCCACGCCAGAGACAUGAGAGUCCAUUAAACAAGGGGAAUUUGACAGAAGAUUCGUUCCUUAAAAUUGGGGAGGGGUAGAUUCGUUCCUUGAAAUUGUUUUUGGAGGGAAAUAUCGAGAAAUUCUGAAAUGUUAUAAUUUUUUUUUUAAUAUUGGUAGAAAGUCCUUUUAUACAGAAGGCUUAUUCGGAAUGUCAUUCCGCGUCAUAUGACAUAGACGUAUUCUCCCCAUUUGGACCUUAUGUUUUCGUAACUAUAAAAACUCUUGAGAUUUUAACGAAUGAAUCUUGUUCUAAUUGAAAAAUAAUACGUGAAAAAGAUGUAAAUUCACCUGCACUAAGAAAAUGGCGGCAAAUAAUUAAGAGAACAGGAUGUUUUUGCUUUGUUCGGAAACUAUAGGUUAUUAUCUUUUUGGACUAAAGAAAUUAAUCUAAAACUAUAAUUGUUUACUUCGAAUAUCUGAAUUAAUUUUGUUAAUAAAUUGUAAAAAUAAAAAUUUUAGAUGGAUUGAAGGAUAGGGAUGUAUAAAGAUCAGAGGAAUAAUCUUUGGAAAAUGCUCUUUUUAGUUUUAAGUUUUAUAAUAAAUGUUUAUAGUAGGUAGCUACCUAGAUUCUUAUUUCUAUGCACUACAAAAAUUGUAGGGUGGCUGAAUGGUACACAUUAACAUUUCAAUAGGCACGAACAUCAAUAUUCGAUGUCUAAUAAUAAAUAGUACCUAAUUAGUUUUUUUUUUUCAAAAACCCUUUAUCAUGUCAAAGACCGUCCUAUGUUUUGGAUGUCAUGAAUACUUCUAUACUUCUCAGAUAAAAAUUAAAUGCAUAAAAUUACUAGUGGAACUGAGUUUAUUAUAAGACUGACAAAGUUUUUCAAAUUUUCACACUUUUCUAUUGUUUUUUAGAUUUUUUACGCGAAAGUCAGAUUUAAUGGACUGGACAAGGAUUGAAAUAUAAGCUUGGUAAAUCAGUGUAAUAUCAGAAAAUAGACUGAUGAGUCCCUCUACGUAUACGCAUUUACAAAAUAUUAUAAGAAUUAACUAAAAAUAUAAUACAAUUCAGGGAUAAAAACAUUAUCAUAUCAAAAGUUACCGUUUCAAGAAUAGGUAACUCGAAAAAAAUCAUCUUCAUGUCAUUUUGUUUCACCCUUAAAGUACAUAUUUUAUCAGUGAUGAUAAAAAUUCAAUAUUUAAAGCAUCGUAGAAUAAAAUGAAACUUAGACAUAAAAUAUUUACUAACUUAUGUAACAAAAUCUUAAAAUUUUUAUGAAAUCUAUAUAAUUAUAGCUAAAUUUGACGUACGUAUCAAUUAUGUGUGAUAGAUGACCAAUAAUUUAGUAGAUUCAUUGGAUUGAUAAAAAUUAAUAUAUAAAAUAAAAUUACCUACACGUUUUGUGUUACUAAAUUAUAAAAUAUUUAUCUAGAUAUAUGAUAAAGCUUACUGAUUUGUGUUACAUAGUGCAUAGAUAGAUGUUAUAUUAGUAUUGGUACAAUAUUAAUUAGAUAUUAGGUAUCUUAUAGAUGAGUGCAAACUUCACCUUUAUGAAUAUGGUUUUGAAAAGUCACUUUCGAUUAAAUCAACUUCGGCUGUGUCUGUCACAUGGAAUUAGUAGGUACUCCGUUGUACGUAGUACUUAUUAAAUCCAUGGUCUGUCAUCAAAUGUACUUAUAAAGUGUCUACUUGUCUCUUUUCCCAUGUAAAUUAUUUUAAUUAUAAUUUUGAAUCGAAAUUUUAAUGCAAUCAAUGACAAUAUUUAAAAUUACUUAACUAUGAAGAGUUUAAAUAAAGUUAUUCUAUUAAUAAAAAUAUAACUUGAAUAGAUACUGCCUAAACUAUUUUUAACUUUCAGUUAUAAUUAUAAUUUUUAGGGAUAGAAAAUUACCUAUUUGUGCACAAAACUGUAUCGUCAGAUUUUUCCAAACUCAGUACCUAAUUAUGUAAUUCAUUCAAAGAAAAGUGCAUAGGUUUACUAUUCGUAUACUAAAUGUAAACGUGUAUUAGAUACAUUAUAUUGAAAUAUCGUUACAAAUUACCUAUAUCAUGGAGUACAGUACUUGCAUUAUUUGUUAGAAAUAAACAGUAGUGCAUAGUUUAAAACAGAAAAUGCCUUGAAUGGAUAAAAUGCAUAUAGACAAAAACUGUAUCAGAGAUUAUUAUCAAUAAAUCUGCUUGAAAAUAA